AUGAAGAGGAUAAAGUUAGUUGUAAUACUAUUGAUAGUCAUUAUCUUUGUUGUUGAUGUUAUUCAAUCAAGUAAAGAUGAGAUAGAACAACUAAUUGAAGAAAUAGAACAAAGGUAUCCAAAGAGGGAUAGUGAUGGCGAUGAUAAACAGAUUGUUGAGGAGUUGAAGGAUAAGUUUACAUCAAAGUUCUUCCAGAAUGUUGAUAAGAAUAGAGCAAGACAACAGCAACAUCAACAACAAGGUAAAAGACAUCACCCUAGAGAUGAUGAUGACCCCUCAAUGGAGUUGUUUAUGAAGUUAAGAGAUACUAUAAUGAACAGACAACAGAAUCCUUCUGGGGAGGACAUGGAUAGGACGCGACAGGCAUUCGAAGCACAAGCCAAAAGACCGCAUAGGUUCAGUCAACAGAAUGGACAUCGGCCACCUCCUCAUCAAGACCUCGAGGCCAAAGCAGAGCGUCACAUGCAUGGCAACCAAAAUCUACCAUUCUGGGACUUCCAUAAGGACAAAAUACGCCAUCAACAUGCCAAGGAUAAGGUUGAUGAGAUCCAUGAUGAUGAUGAUGUGGUCGAGAAGCAGGCAAGUCCAGAACUGGGUGUAGUUGGCCAGCAGGAUUCACAGUUCCAAGCACUGGAGGAGCAUGAGCAAUCAAUAUUGACAUAA